AUGAGUGAAAAUAAGAUCUCAUUGCAUCCCGAGCCAAAGAAAUGGAAGGCCCCAAAGGGUCCAAAACCCGUUCACCACAAGAACAAAAAUCUUAUUGGUUUGGGCCGGUCCAUUGCCAAUCAGAGAACCAAAGAGAAUGCCAUAGAAUACUUGCCAGAUGGUGAGAUGCGGUUCACCACAGAUAAAAAAGAGGCCGGUUGGGUCAAAUUACGUUCCGUCACUCAGGAAAAUUCUUUGGACGAGUUUUUGAACACAGCCGAGCUUGCAGAUCAUGACUUCACUGCUGAAAAGUACCAGCAGGUGAAAAUCAUCAAGGUGGGAAACACUUCCCUUGUCAACCAAAAUGGUCUUCUUUCAGAGACAGAACUAAAAGACUUGCGUAUUAAGCAUCAGCUCUUCGAGAACAAAUUAGUUGUUCCUCGUCGUCCACAGUGGACUGAGGGCCAACUGAAGCUACAGAUCGAAAGACAAGAGAACCUCGCAUUUUUGGAGUGGAGAAGGGAUUUGGCUGCUUUAACCGAGACAAAUGAUUUACUUUUGACUCCUUUCGAGAGAAAUAUUGAGGUGUGGCGUCAGUUGUGGAGAGUCGUGGAAAGAUGUGACUUGGUGGUACAAAUUGUGGACGCCAGAAACCCACUUUUCUUCCGUUCUGUUGACUUGGAUACCUAUGUUAACAGUCUCAGCAAGCCUGAGGAGAACAAAGAGAAGCGCAACUUGCUUUUGGUCAACAAGGCCGAUCUUCUUACUAGAAAUCAACGAAUUGCAUGGGCCAAUUACUUCAAGAAGAAAGAUAUUAGAUACGUUUUCUUUUCCGCUGCCAAUGCAAAUGCUCUCAUAGAGAAGGAGCGUGCUGAAUUGGAACAAGCCGAGCUUUUGGGUGAAGUUCCACCUCAACCAUCUCUGGCUGCUGAUGACCUAGUUGACACCGAAGAGAACGAGGACAUCAGAAUCUUGAGAGUUGAGGAAUUGGAAGAGCUUUUCUUGACCAGUGCUCCUAAAUUCGAAAAGUCCGAGGAAUAUCCUGAUCGUAAACUCCAAAUUGGUUUGGUUGGUUAUCCAAACGUUGGUAAGUCUUCUACGAUUAAUGCAUUGGUUGGUUCGAAAAAGGUUUCCGUUUCUGCCACUCCAGGUAAAACUAAACAUUUUCAAACUCUUUUCUUGUCACCUGAAGUCAUUUUGUGUGAUUGUCCCGGUUUGGUCUUCCCAAAUUUUGCCUACUCUAACGGUGAAUUAGUGUGCAAUGGUGUCUUGCCAAUUGACCAGCUCAGAGAGCAUAUCCCCCCAACUUCCUUAGUAUGUCAAAGAAUUCCUAAGUUCUACCUUGAAGCAGUCUAUGGUAUUCACAUUCCUAUUCAAACCAGAGAGAAUGGAGGAAACGGUAUCUAUCCAACCGCCAGAGAACUCUUGAAUGCAUAUGCUAGAGCUAGAGGCUACAUGACUCAAGGUUUCGGUAGUGCAGAUGAGUCGAGAGCUUCUAGAUACAUCUUGAAAGAUUACGUUAAUGGAAAAUUGUUGUACAUUGACCCACCUCCUUUUGAACUCGAGGACGGAACUUGGGAUAUGCCCAGUCUCGAAGACUCAAGAAAGUUCAAUCAAGAUAUCUAUACUUUGCAGUCCUUGCCUGAGACUAGACAACAACAAAUUUUGCAAGCUAUGUCCUCGAAAAACAUCGAUGUUGACACCUUUAAUUUGGAAAGAGAUCUUGCAAAACUCAAUUUCUCCAUGCAUGUCUCCGAAGAAUCAAAUCAAAAAUUUACCGGAGACCAAUCUGCAAGCGCUACUACCAAAUUUUAUGGUGGUAGACAAGCUGCUUUGGAGAAUGCCGCAGAUGACUUGGAUAAGGAAUUCUUCAAGAUGAAUGAGGUGCAAGCAAAGAUGAACACCCCAUUUCAUGCCAACCAACUAGGAGGCAAAGGAAACAAGAAGCAUAAUAAGAAGAACAAGAAGGCUGAGAAGAAGACAAGAGUCGUCGGAUAUUAA